AUAUAUUCGUCUUCUAUGUUUACCCAUGCUUGGGCCCGAGAGCAUGGCUUGUAACAUCCAACACUCCUCUCUGAAUAUUAAACCGUCUCUCUCUGCCUUCUUGCUUUUCUGACGUGAUCGCCGCCGCAAGCCGAAAUAAAAAGAUCAUCUUUUUUUUUUCCUGUUGGUUUCUUGGGAUUUUGGUUUCUUGUAACUUUCUUCUGUGAACCAUGGAAGGAGAGUGUUGUUCGACGACGAGCAGUAGCAGCACAGAGAACAAGAUGAGAAAGCAGAGACAGCAGAAGCAAGAUAAGCCGUACAGGGGGAUCAGGAUGAGGAAGUGGGGUAAGUGGGUGGCGGAGAUCAGAGAACCCAACAAGCGUUCCAGGAUCUGGCUCGGCUCUUACUCCACCCCCGUCGCCGCCGCUCGCGCCUACGACACCGCCGUCUUCUACCUCCGUGGUCCAUCCGCCAGACUCAACUUCCCGGAACUCGUCUUCCAAGACGACGACGAUCAUCGCCUCCGUGACAUGUCUGCCGCAUCCAUACGCAAGAAGGCCACGGAGGUCGGCGCCAGAGUUGACGCACUCCAGGCUGCGGCUCUCCACCCCGCACCUUCCUCCGAGUCCAACUCUUCCGGACGGGUAACCGAGAAACCCGACUUGAACGAGUACCCGAAUCCGGAAACUUCCGAUGAAGACUGAAGAUUUUUCAAGCUGCAAAACUGAUCACCAGCCGAAAAAAAGAAUAACCCUUUGCUGCUGCUUCCCUCUGGUGGAUCUUAUUUAUGGUGUAAAUUCUUACAUAUGGGGUAGGUAGCUUGAUGGUUGCCAUGGAAAUGGAAUUGAGAAGGGUUCUGUUUCAUUGGGCAGAUUUCUUCUGUAACAUGAUGAUCCGCUAUAGUGUACUGGUUUUAGCUAUAGAUACGCAUAAUCGAAUUGAUGUUGAUUAUCUUC